UUUUUUUUUUUAGGAUAAGUUUCCAGAAGUGAAACUGUUUGGUUAAAAUGUGUUUAAGUUUUAAGGCUUUUGGUAACACUAAAUUUGUUUAAAAAGUAUUUUGGUAUCUCCUACUUUGGAUUUUCCUAUUUUUUUUCCUUGUCUUAGCUGAACUAAACAACAUCUAGAUACAAAGGAAAGAAGGAAACCUGACUGUGUUCACAGCAGCACAGUCUUAUAUGCUGGGGACUCUGGGGUGUCCGUGUACACAGAAAUGCUGGAACUAAUCAAUGAGAACUAAGCAAUGAGAUCGUAGGGUCCACGAUAGAUACCCAAAAACCGUGUGUAUUUCUAUAUACCAGCAGUGAUCAUCUGAAAAUGAAAUUCGGAUAGCAGUUCCAUUUAUAAUGCAUCAGAAAGAAAAAAAUAGGAGUAGAUUUAGCUAAAAUUCAGGGUUGCAUAUUGGAAACUAAUAAAACUUUUUUUUAAAAAAACGAAGAUCUAAGUAAAUAAAAGUCAUCCCAUGUUCACGGGUUGAAAGACACAAUUGUUCCAACGGCAACACUCUCCAAAUUGAUCUGCAGAUUCAGUACAAUCUCUGUCAAUAGCCGUCUUGGCUUUUUGGCAGAAAUUGACACGCUGAUUCUAAAAUUCACGUGGAAAUGCAAGAGACCCAGAGUAGCCCGGCGACCCAGAAGAGGCAGAGAUGCGGAUCAGAAGAGAAGGUCCGCAUCAGAGGACUCCUGCUUCCCCGUCACAAAGCCUCAGCAGUCCAGACAGUGCGGGACCGGCAGGAGAGAUGAAAGGACCAAGGUGUACAGCACAGGGUCCAGAAGUAACCUUCCUGAACUGACAGGGAUUUGUUUUGGCCGUUACUAUCAUGAGGGAAGCAAUUGAUGAAUUUCGGCGCUUUCAGCGAGACAAAGAAGUGAAUUCACAGCUGUACAGCAAACUUACAAUAAGAGGUAAAGUGCAAGUUAAGAGUUCAGACAUACAAGUUGGAGACCUCAUCAUAGUGGAAAAGAAUCAAAGAAUUCCAUCGGACAUGGUAUUUCUUAGGACAUCAGAAAAAGCAGGUUCAUGUUUUAUUCGAACUGAUCAGCUUGAUGGUGAGACCGACUGGAAGCUGAAGGUGGCGGUGAGCUGCACGCAGAGGCUGCCGGCCCUCGGGGACCUUUUUUCAAUCAGUGCUUAUGUUUAUGCUCAGAAGCCACAACUGGAUAUUCAUAGUUUUGAAGGCACAUUUACCAGGGAAGACUGUGACCCACCCGUCCAUGAGAGUCUCAGCAUAGAAAACACACUGUGGGCAAGCACCAUUGUCGCAUCAGGUACUGUAAUAGGUGUUGUCAUUUAUACUGGAAAAGAGACUCGGAGUGUAAUGAACACAUCCAAUCCAAAAAAUAAGGUUGGGCUGUUGGACCUUGAACUCAACCAGCUGACCAAAGCCCUGUUCGUGGCUCUAGUCGCUCUCUCGGUCGUCAUGGUAACCUUGCAAGGAUUUGCGGGCCCGUGGUACCGCAACCUGUUUCGAUUCCUCCUCCUCCUCUCCUACAUCAUCCCCAUCAGUUUGCGUGUGAAUUUGGACAUGGGCAAAGCCGCGUACGGCUGGAUGAUCAUGAGAGACGAGGGCAUCCCCGGCGCGGUCGUGCGGACCAGCACCAUCCCCGAGGAGCUGGGGCGCCUGGCCUACUUGCUCACGGAUAAAACAGGAACCCUCACCCAGAACGAGAUGGUGUUUAAGCGGCUGCAUUUGGGGACCGUGUCCUACGGAGCGGACACGAUGGACGAGAUCCAGAGCCACCUCAGGAACCCAUACUCACAGAUGCAGCCUCCGGCCGGCGGACACACUGGCAGCACGACGCCCCCCAGAAAAGCCCAGUCCGCCGCUCCCAAAGUGAGGAAAAGCGUCAGCAGCCGAGUCCACGAAGCCGUGAAGGCCAUCGCUCUGUGCCACAACGUGACCCCCGUGUACGAGCCUCGAACCGGCGCGCCCGCGGAGGCUGAGGACGCGGAGGCGGACCAGGACUUCAGCGACGGGAACCGCACCUACCAGGCCGCCAGCCCUGACGAGGUGGCCCUGGUGCAGUGGACGGAGAGCGUCGGCCUCACCCUGGUCAGCAGAGACCUGGCCUCCAUGCAGCUGCGGAGCCCCAGCGGCCAGCUCCUGACCUUCAGCGUCCUGCAGACGUUCCCGUUCACCUCGGAGAGCAAGCGCAUGGGAAUCAUCGUGCGGGACGAGUCCACUGCGGAGAUCACCUUCUACAUGAAGGGAGCCGACGUGGCCAUGGCCUCCAUCGUGCAGUACAACGACUGGCUGGAGGAGGAGUGUGGGAACAUGGCCCGGGAAGGUCUUCGCACCCUUGUGGUUGCCAAGCGGGCGCUGACAGAGGAGCAGUACCAGGACUUCGAGAGCCGCUACAGCCAGGCCAAGCUGAGCAUCCACGACCGGGCUCUGAAGGUGGCGGCGGUGGUGGAGAGCCUGGAGCGGGAGAUGGAGCUGCUGUGCCUCACGGGCGUGGAGGACCAGCUGCAGGCAGACGUGCGGCCCACCCUGGAGAUGCUGCGCAACGCGGGCAUCAAGAUCUGGAUGCUAACGGGCGAUAAACUCGAGACCGCAACGUGCAUCGCCAAAAGCUCACACUUGGUGUCUAGAACACAAGACAUUCACAUUUUCAGACCAGUAACCAAUCGGGGAGAGGCCCACUUGGAGCUUAACGCCUUUAGACGGAAGCAUGACUGUGCGCUGGUCAUAUCUGGGGACUCCCUUGAGGUCUGCCUCAAGUUCUACGAGCACGAGCUCGUGGAACUGGCCUGCCAGUGCCCGGCCGUGGUGUGCUGCCGCUGCUCGCCCACGCAGAAGGCCCACAUCGUGAAGCUGCUGCAGCAGCACACGGGGAGACGCACGUGCGCCAUCGGCGACGGAGGAAACGACGUGAGCAUGAUCCAGAUGGCGGACUGCGGCAUCGGCAUCGAGGGGAAGGAGGGCAGGCAGGCCGCCCUGGCCGCGGACUUCUCCAUCGCGCAGUUCAAGCACGUUGGCCGGCUGCUCAUGGUGCACGGGCGCAGCAGCUACAAGCGUUCGGCCGCGCUCGGCCAGUUCGUCAUGCACCGGGGCCUCAUCAUCUCCACGAUGCAGGCCGUGUUCUCCUCUGUCUUCUACUUCGCGUCCGUGCCGCUGUACCAAGGAUUCCUCAUGGUGGGGUACGCGACUCUCUACACCAUGUUCCCGGUGUUCUCGCUGGUGCUGGACCAGGAUGUGAAGCCGGAGACGGCCGUGCUGUACCCGGAGCUCUACAAGGACCUCACCAAGGGAAGAUCCUUGUCCUUCAAGACCUUCCUCGUCUGGGUGUUGGUCAGUGUUUACCAAGGCGGCAUCCUCAUGUACGGGGCUCUGCUCCUGUUCGAGUCAGAGUUUGUGCACGUGGUGGCCAUCUCCUUCACGGCGCUCAUCCUCACCGAGCUGCUCAUGGUGGCCCUGACCGUCCGGACGUGGCACUGGCUGAUGGUGGUGGCCGAGGUCCUCAGCCUGGGCUGCUACGUGGCCUCCCUUGCUUUCUUAAACGAGUAUUUCGACGUCGCCUUCAUCACCAGCGCGACCUUCGUGUGGAAGGUGUCGGCGGUCACCGCGGUCAGCUGUCUGCCGCUCUACGCGCUCAAGCACCUGAAGCGCAAGCUGGCCCCGCCCAGCUACUCCAAGCUCUCGUCCUAGGCGGCGCGGGCGCGGGCGCGGGUGCGGGGCGCGGGUGCGGGGCGCGGGCGGGGGCGCGCGGCGCGGGCGGGGGAGGCCGGGGCGGCCGUGCG